GGUACAGGGUAUGGCCAGGAAUUGAUAGCGUGCCCUUUCCAGCACUUUUAGGCAGCCGCGGCUCUUUGUACAUUUCCUCUCACUUCUUUUAUAACCGAUAUGCGGAGCCCCUUGUUUCCGUCAAGGGCACGCUCCGGCUAGUCCUCUGCGAAAAUGCCUCCCUAUUUUGGUAUGGCCGACUUUGUCGACGCUCUCCAGAACUGUGCCGUUCCCGAACUCGAGGAUUUCGCCAAUAACGAACACUUGCGCGAUCGCGCGCACAGGCGCUUCGACUCCGACGAGCCUCCUCCACCCUACCAGUCCUCGACCGAGUCUGAAGAGCCAGACGAACGAAACAUCGCACUAGAACCGUAUCCGGAGAGUCCGGAGAGUCCGGAGAGCCCGCAGCAUGACAGUCCGCCACGACAGAGCACGUUUGUGGACCUGUCACCCAGCUUGCCGGAGGUCAUGGAGCACCCUUUGGAUGACGACGAGCUGGCCCAGACAGCAGACCGCGCGAAGCACCUACUAAGACCUCGCACCAUGUAUUUAGACGAGUCAAGCAUUGAGCUAAACCGGUACUUAUUAGCCAAGUUUCCCACCCGCGGGAAAAGCGGCACAAGGUUGAAGCAGUUGCGGCGACGCGGUGUCAAAGCCCGUCACAUCAUUAAAAGCCGCUGGCAGAAGCUCGGCAUCUGGAAUCCGGAAUGGGGCUUCCCUGGGCGCAAUCUACGGCCUAGCGACAAAGUUGGCGACUGGAGGUGGAAGUGGGAGCGCCAGGACGCCGACCAAGAGACGAUAUCUCAAGAGACACAUCAGCUUGCCCUGCGCGCCCUGCGCCUUCGCCAGAACCUGCGGCGCGGUGAGUGGGUGCCAGCGACCCCGCGUAGACGCCUUGGCCCCGACUCAUCCACCGCCGAAGCCGAGUCGUUUCUCAUAUCCAGGCCCUGGUUCCUCUAUCGCCUUGACCUCGAAGAGGAAUACACGAAACUCGCCCGUUCGUCCAACGACGAUCCCAAGUACUGGAAAACGAUCGAGUUGGAGCAUUGGCGGCGUUGGGAGGAGAACGGGGAGUACCGGCUGGCUGAUGACGGAGCGCCUUGCUAUUGGAAGUGGCGCCAUGAGUCCCCUUCGCCAGAGCGUGAGCACACCCCGACAAGCCCGGGCAUCUCCUACACCCCUUCCGAGGUCGACGAGCUAGAAACCAUCGGCCUUCCUAGACCCCAACAGCCUGCUAGUUAUUGGGUCCAAAAUGGGCCCAAGCCUCUAGUCGGGCAGUGCAAGAACCCCGGUGCCUUUUCGAGGACGCCUUCUCCCACUCCGUCCCCUCGCACCCGAUUCGCGCGACUUGGAUCGAUGCCUGACAUCUACAUCGUUGGAGGCCUUGAGCAACGGGAAAUUUGGUUGGCAAAGAAGCGGGAGAUCGAGGCUGCGCUGAAAGCGAUGGAGGGAAACGAAGCAGAGCUGCCUGACCAAUGGCCCACCCCGCCCCCACUGUCCCCCCGCGCACGACUGAAGCGACUUGGGCCGAUGCCAGAACACGAAAGCUUGUUUGGUGACGGCGGCGCCUCAGAAUGGCGGAGGAUGAAGAAGGAGAUUGAUGAUGCUCUCGAGGCGGUGCAGGCGCGUCGGGUAGAGCAGGAGCAAGGUGCCGCGGAUGGGGAUGACGAGGCCAUGCCUGACGAGGAAGAACCCGUCGAGGCUGUGGUCGAUUUACAGCGCGCCGGCCAAAGUGACCAGGAUGGUGCUGGUGGUGGUUCGGAUGCCGCUGCCGCCCCUCCCCGACAAACCCAGGGGAAGCCGCGAGCUCGCAGCCGGCGCGCCGAGGCCGUACCAGCGCCAGACGUUCCCCAGCCACCGGCGCCCCGCCGCAGUGCCAGGAACGCCUUGAAGCGCGGGGCCGACCCUCCCUCGCCCCAAGACGCGCCACCGAACAAGCGAACGCGUCUCGUCCGGGCGGAAGUCGUCGCCGCCGCUAUGCCCAAGCGUGGCCGCCCCAGCAAGCAGCCUGACGCGGUUAAGGAAGAAACAGGUCGCCACCACAGCUCCCAAACGUGGCGCGGGUCGUCCUAA